UUUAAAAACAUUAUGUGACCAUCUAUCCCCACAUAUGCUAAUCUUAUUUUUGCUCCUGCUAGAAUGCUCUGUUAAACUUUUUUCUUGUGAAGAUUCAUAUGUAUGUAGACAGUGUGGCAAUAUUGUACUUACUAUCCCAAGCAUAUUUAAUAAACCUAGCAUAAUAGCUAAAGAAAUUUUAAAUGAAAAAGUUUUGGGCCCUAAUCAAACAACCAAAAACAUAUUGGUGCAAAAAUUUAUCAAUCCUGAAAAUAUACCUUUAUACUUGAUUUCAACUAAGACCGCAAAUGUAUUUGAGUUUGGCAAAAAAAUAGUCAAAGAUUCAUUUUACAAAGAUUUUACUCAUGUUCCAGUGUUUUGCAAAAAAUGCAGGAAGCACCUAGGCUGGCUUUACGAACCUAGACAGUCUGCCUGCCUCAAAUCAGACCCCGAAGAGAUGUGUCACGAAUUAUAUGACAAAAACGCGUUUUAUGGAAUCCUUAGAUCCGAAAUUUGUUCGAGAAAUUAUGCAGAUUCUUUGAUCAUUUACCGCCAACACUUGUGAUCAAUGGGCUAGCGUAUUGCUUCAUUAUGAUCAUUUAUAUUUUUAUGCAUUUCAUUUAAUAAGUAAUUUGGUAUUUAAUCUUCGUAUAAUAAAUUCAUAGAAAUUCACAACAUUUUUUUAAAAUAUAUACA